AUGGCAACUUAUGGCAUUGGGUUUUCCACAUCUCGCCAGGAAUAUGUGGUCAGUUUUUGUCCUGUCAAAGCUCUUGAUGAACUUCCAACCCCAUGGCCCAGAUGUCAAGAGUUGCAAGAGAUCCUCGGUCCGAGGAAGAAAGUUCCGACCAAGGACGACCUCGUUUUAGCGGUUUCGCACGCAUGGUCGCAUCAACUUCAUCCAGAUCCCUUAGGGAUCAAAGCAGUAAGCGUCAGAAAGUUGGUGGAUGAAGCAGUGAAAGACUACCAGAUUUCGGGUGAUGCGUUGCUCUUCUUCGAUUUCAUGAGUAUGAGUCAAAAUCCGUUUCUGCCAGGGCAGAAAGAGCGCACACCAUCGGAACAGCAGGAUUUUUUGAAAGGUAUUGAGGCCUUGCCAGAGAUUUUUUUCACCUCUGAUGCGGUGCUGCACAUCGAUGGUGAGUGGCCAGAUUUGGAUUGUGAACUGGAGGAGGAGAUGCUUCCCCCAGCAGAGCUGGAGAAGUAUCAUUUGAAGGAGCUGGGCAAUUCGGUGCUGGUCUAUGAAGAGAAAGAAGCAGAGGAUGGAACCAAAGCUAUCAUGCCUAUUUACAAGAUUGACUCCGUGAGGGAUGUGAGCCACAGGACCGUCACAAGCAUCGAUGACAUCAAGUCCCCCAAGCAGAGCAUGUGGUCUCCCAAGUUUUGCUGUUCUUCGCAAGCAGAGGAGGAAGCCUUUUUCGUGGUUCGUCCUGCUCCCCUGGGGAAGCGCAAUCAAAUUCCAGCAAGUGACAGGGGCUGGAUCUACUUCGAACGUUUGGUGUCCACCAUCCGGGUGGCCCUGACGGAUGAGCAAUACGCAGCAAGGACGGUCUAUGCCAACAUUCCAGAGUUGAAAGAGUCCAUCUUACAGCGGGCGCACAUUCUGCGAAAAGCAGCGGCCACCAGCAACCCGCAGCUAAAGGACCAGUUCCAAACCUACAUCGAAGAGAUUCAGACCAAGACCUUUCAGGCUACCUCGCUGGAUAAGAAAAAGGCCUCGGCGGUGGCGAAGGUUUCAGAUACAGAUCUGGUCUUCUCCUUGCUGGACCACCUGCGGUGUCGCAUCAGCCUGGCUCUGGCUUUGACGGUGCGAAAUUUGACGGUUGAGGAAUGCAGGGAGCUGCUGGACGACAAAGCAGACCUGACCAUCCAGGAUGGCCGUGGCUACACGGUGCUCCACAACGCGACCCGCUGGCGGAACCCACAGGUGGUGGAGUUCCUGCUGGAGAAUGGCAGUUCUCAAGGCAUUCGCGACAAGUUGGGAAACACCGCAGGACAUGUGAUUCCCUUGUACGCAGACGAUACCACGGUGGAGCUCUGUAGGAUUUUGGGGGACGAUGAGAAGUAUUUGGCCAAAAUGAACCGUGCUGGUUUGCCCGUGCUGAAGCGCAUUGAAACCUGGGCCUUGACUGCUGUGGAUGGCAAGCCCUUUCAGAAAGCUUUGGACUGGGUGAAAGAGAAACAGGAGCAGUUUCCACGGCUUACUCAAGGAGGCAAGAAGGCCUGCGUCAAGCUUUGCACAGACCGCUUUGAGGUCGAGUGCUCCUCCAUCAUGCUGACGGUGAACUCGAAGCAGCGGGAAGUGCACGUUGUCGCACCAAAAUUCCCAGCAGCGGCUCACGUGUUGUACCUGGGUUUUCCCCGCUUCGUUCCUUUUUCCCUUCAGCUGCCGGCGCUGAAGCAAUGGGCUGGCACAGGCUUGAAGGUUUGGGUCAUCUCGGAAGAUGCGGUGGAUCCAGAAAGGAUGACUUCUGCGUCAUCGCCGGAUAGCUUUGUGGAAGACUUGACGGAGGUGAUUCGACAGCUCCUGCCAUCCCUUCCAGAGAAGUUCAUCCUGGUCGAUAGCUCCUGGGGGCCGGGAGCAGCUAUGGCAUGGCAGUUCAAGAGUCAUUUGCUCGGUGCCAUGAUCAUCAACGUACAUCUGUUCAAACCUCCCGACUUUGAUGAGACCGAGGCUGCCAAGAAAAUCAAGAACCGCAUGCAACAACUCGGAGGUAUGUUUGAACGGCGAGACAUGGAGAAUAUCCAAUCAUUUGUCACGGACAUCAUGUUUCCAAACGGUGGUGCAGAAGGUAUAGCAGAGACCAAAAGGUCCUUUCAACAAGCACUGGAGGGAGCUUCGGAAAACUUUUGGAGACUUUCUGCGUUGCAGCCCAGCUGGAACUUUGAAAAUUUGACGAAGAUUUUCACCGGCUUGGAGGAAUGGCCGCUGGGAUCGCCUCCUGUGGUCUUAGCAUGUAGCGAUCAGGCACCAUUGGUGGUGGUCAGCGAGUCAAUGCAACGUCUGAAUCAGAUCAUGGCUGGCUCCAAAUUGGAGUUCAUCAGUUCCAGCAAAUGGUCUUGGCCCCUGGAAGGACAAGAAGUUCUGGAUCAAAUCGCCUGCUUUGUGCAGACCUUGGUGCCGUUGCCCGAGCUUCGCUGUGAGGUGACCAAUGUCUUCGCGUGUGAAGAUCAGCGUCCCAUCCACGUCAUUGCGCCGGAGUCUGGCCCGGCCACGGCUAACAUUCUCUACUUGGGGCUUCCUCGGUUCAUUCCUUUUGAACUGCAACUCCCGGCCUUGAAGACCUGGGUGAAAAGAUUGCGAGUGAAGAUUUGGGCCAUCAUGGAGGACAGUAUAAGCUCUGCUUGCCUUGAAACAGGUGAUCCCAAAGAUCUGCUCCAUGAGUUGACCUCCUUGACCAAUGCGUUGCUCCCAGAGCUGGGUGGAAAUUUCCUGCUUGUGGACAGCACCUUUGGUUCUGGCGUUCCACUGGCGUGGCAGUACAGGUCGAUGUUGUCGGGCGUGAUGAUUCUGAAUUGCCACCUGUUUAUGGCUCCAGACUUUGCCAGCACCGAAUCCGGGGGCAAAAUCCAAAAAAGGAUGGCUACUCUGGGCGAGAUGUUUGCCAAGCGAGACGAGGAGAAGAUCCUUGCGACCCUGCCGGACUUUAUGUAUCCCAGCGGAGGGGCAGAGGGCGUGGAGGCAACGAAGAAGCGCUACAAGGAGGCCACCAGCAGAACCUCUGAGAACUUUUGGAAGAUCUCAGCUUUGCAGCCCUCAUGGAAUUUCCAGCACAUCACUCAGAUCAUCAGCUCACUGGAGGAAUGGCCUCGAGAUGAUCUGAAGCCGGUGGUCCUGGCCUGCAGCGACCAAGCGCCGGGGGUUGUGGUUACAGAGUCCAUGCAGCGGCUGAAUCAUUUGAUGGCGGGCUCUGAGUUGAAGUUUAUCUCCUCCAGCAAGUGGUCCUGGCCCCUGGAGGGUGAGGAGGUCAUCGCGGAUGUCACGGUUUUCCUGGAUGCUUUGCUGCCUCAACGGAUCUCCGAGGAGGAGACAACUAGAAAAUCACUUCCACUUCUUGGGCAACAGGUGAUCCUUCCUCCUAUUGUGGAAAGUGCGAGUUGCAAUCCAUGCCGCAACGCUUGUGGAGAGGCGCCUAUCCUCUGUCCAGUUCAGUGA